AUGGAAUUUUCGGACAAAAUCACAGUCCAUCUCGUUUAUUCUGACGUCAAAAAAGUUGCCUACAGCAUUGCGUCUCUUCUUCACCAUUUGGCCCAUUCGUCUCUCGGCUCCCUUGCGGUUACUGAUCUCAAACGUCAGCAGUUUGUCCUGGUGGACGGCCAGCUGAAGCUAGCAGACGUUGAUGACCUGGGAAUUUCCGAGCCUACUUGCACAUACCACACGGACUGCACGCCACCGAGAGACGAAUUCAACAUUAUAGAUCCAGAGCCAGUGUUUUGCGUCGGCGGACGGUGCGAAGGGCACAACGAAAGGUCGAACAUCCUGAGAGCCGGCAUAGAUUUUGUGCCUCACGUUUUACCACUCAGCGCACCCGCAUCCCUCGAGCCUCACAUCAGGCAGAUAGUCGAAGCGUACCAGGGCCUCCAUCACUGGGACUCGAACAGGAUCCUCGAGGCGACGCGAGCCCUCAUCACGUCCAGCUAG